AUGACUCCACGAUCGACUGUCAGCAAUAAUCCGUCCCCCAGCGUCGGCCAGCCCACGCCUCCCGCGGUGCCUUCGUCGACGUCCGGAACUGCCGUCACCAAUGAGUCGGACAGCGAUGCUCACCCUGAAGAGCGUCCAACUCACACCUCAGAGAUUGGCACUCUGAAAAAGCUCGGUAAUCAUGGCACUGCUUGGCUGGGCAGUUCUUCCGGCGUGUAUUUCGUCAACACCGUGCGGCGAGCCUUUUCUGCAGCCUUUGCGUCUUCGAAUCUAGGAGGCGCAAACCCCGUCCCCGCGAGCGAAGACAUUCUCACUGGUGAGGACGCCGAGGGUCGUUCGUACAAUGGUCCACUGUAUGAGGGCCCAAGUUCUUCCGAUCAGUUUUUUCAGACGCUGGCCUCGGCUCUGGGUAAGCCCCCGGCAAAGAAGAUCGCCAUCGAAUUGGUCACCUCUUUCUUUACCGUCUGGCACCCGCUUUUCCCCUUUCUCCACGGACCUAGUUUUAUCAAAGACAUGGAGACGAUAUAUGCGUCACAGCGCCGUCCUUCGAAACCGACCAAGGACAGUCCCGCUCACACGGACCUGCGGAAGUUACUGACAUUUCAGUUGAUUAUCAAUAUCGCCUCCCUGGAUCGGAGUGAUAUUCAUCUUCCCAUGGAAUCGCGCGUCAAGUCCACCGCCGAUGUGUGUCGAGUGGCGGGGUGCUUGGCGAUGGACCAUGAUCUGGCUACUAUACAAGCCAUCCUCGCUGCCGAACUCUACCUGACCGCAACCCUGGCUAUUCGCCAGGCCAGCACGGUUGCUGGAAUCAUUAUCAAACUAAUCUAUCAUGCUGGCCUUCACCGAUGUCCGCUGCGCUAUGCCCAACUUUCUCUUGAAGAGUGUGAGAUCCGCAAACGGAUAUUUUGGUCGGCAUAUGCUCUGGACCGACAUUGCAAUUUGAGUCUGGGCGAUCCCAACGUGAUACAAGACGAUGACAUUGAUGUCUGUUUAUCCGGUCCAGAGCUUCACAAGGCUCAUGCACGAGAUCUAAUACCCAAUCCCGAGGGGGACAUGAGCAUGCACAUGCCACCUCCACGUGCGGUCCAGGAUGACCCACGCGUGGCGCAGGCUGACAAUGACGGACCUGAGGCUCAAGAGAAGCGACUACGAGAGGCUGCUCUGACUGCCUAUGUGCAAUGGGGCAAGUUGACAGGCCAGAUCAUCGAAGUUUUCCACAAAAGUAUCAAUCACCGUUUUCCCAAGCACGAACAAAUUCUCCGUCUUACCAGUGAUAUUGAGACGUGGUGGAAUGAUCUUCCUGGGUUUCUAAGUGGAGAGGUCGAGGCUGGCCACGAGAGGACCAACCAUGAAUCGAGCGACGUGAACGCCCAUCCAGCCGCGUCGGCAGCUAACGGCAAUAAUGGGGCUACAGGAAAUGGCUCCGAUUCGUCUCCUCUCCCUCCUCCACAGCAACACCUUGCAAGCUUUUUCAAGAUCCUGUACCACCGGCUACUCCUUUUGGUGAAUCGCCCUCGCCUUUCCCUGGACCAGUCAACCCCUGAAUUCCAACACGGUCUCCAGGUGUGCAUUCGAGCUUCGCGAGGGAUUGUAGCUGGUCUGAGAGCGCAUAAAAAACACGGCCAGUCCAUGUUUCUGCCUGGUUUGCUGUCCGCAGCAUGGAUGUCUGGUCUCAUUAUUGCCUUUGCCUGCCAACUGGGCAAAUACGCCAAAGCACGAGCACUGAGUGACAUGCAAGCGUGCUUGCAUCUGCUGGAAAGCAUGAAUAUCAGAUGGUACACGGUGCAAAAUUGCCACAAGGUGCUGAGCCUCCUCCUCAUCAACAUCCAAUCACGAAAAGCGUCGGUCAAUGGGUUCCUGACCGUUCCUAAGCCGGAUCAAUCGCCGCAGAGUAUGCCUGUCGAAUUUGAUCAGCCAUCUCGAAAAAGGCCGCGCACCACCAGUGGCAACGAAGACGCAAGUCCGCGAAAGUCCUCCGUCGCCGAAUCCACGACCAGUUCACCGAUCCAAGGGUAUACCUCGACUGCAGCUGGAAACAGUUCUCAGUCGCGGCCAAAGCCCCAAGCUUCGACGCCCAACAGCACGCAAACAUGGACACCCUCCACCACGUUCGACCCCAGCAAUCCCUCAGCACUCACCAACCCAACGGGGAGCCUCUCCACGUUUGACUUUUCGAAUUGGGACCGCGGUCAACCGACCACACAGCCUCAAUUCAAUCCUGGUAUUGGCAGCGCUGUAUAUGCUACUCCGCAGGACCUGGCGUUUGCGCAAUCAACCAUGAACAUGAAUCUCCCAGGGCAAUCGGGGAUUGGUGCUAUGGGAGGUGACGGAAGCAACACGAACUUACAAGAGUACUCGGAUCCCAUGUUUUGGGGGAACAUGGACUACAAUGUUGCGGAUAUAUUUGGAUCUGCGACUUGGGAGAAUAUGACGGGGCCAUUUGCUCCGGGUGGAGGCGUCAAUAGCGCAUGGGAUAUGUGA